AUGACAAAAGCCGAAUUAAUUGAAUUAGCUUUUAUUCAUUUACCACCAAAAGAAUACAUAGUUGAUAAAGUAGCAAGUAAAUAUGAUAUUGAAAUUGUGCGAAUACCGGUGAAGCACUGUGUCUUGAUUCCAAUAGAACUUGCUUGGGCUGGUUUAAAAAAUUAUGUGAGAAAGUAUAAUGUACGUUUUAGUUUGAAUGAUAUUGCGCAACUUUGUAACGAGUGGUUGGCAGCGUGUGGUCCUGAACAUGCCGUUGGCUAUUUUUCACAUGUGCAUAAACAUGAAGAAAUAUUUAAGGCUGCAGAUAAGAAUGCUGAAGAAUUAGAAAACGAUCUAGUGGACAGCGACGAUAUAUUAAACCAUCAUGAUGAAACCGACGAUUGA